AUAGAUAUAGAUAUAGAUGGUUCCUGGCUUGUUAAAGUUCAAUUUCUUUACUUAAGAAUUUUACGAAAAGAAACAGAAAGCCUAAUAACAGGAAAUGAGUAAGAACGUGUUUUAGUGGCAGGAAGAGCGAGGCGAGGGAAGCAGAACAUUGAAGCAUCACUUAGAUCUGAUGAUAAGAGGAAGGUGUGACUGCGAGAUCGGCGGCCGAGGCUGGAAACGAUCGGGUCAGCGGGAGGCUUUUCGGUUGGUCCUGGUGGUGGUGAGAUGUAUAAAGUUCUAGAGAUCUACCGGGCAGUGUGUGACCUGGACCCCCCCUCCCCCCCCCCCCUCAUUGAUCACACGGUGUUCGGGGUUCAUCUAUAGAAGAGAAGAAGAAGAAGAAGAAGAAGAAGAAGAAGAAGAAGAAGAAGAAGAAAUCCUCGAUUGGACGAUCCGGAGAUUUGGUGGUCGGUGGGAAGCCUCACCGGUGAUGGGACCUUCCCUUCUUCUCCUUCUCAUCCUCUCGGCCCUCAAUGGUCGGGUCCAAGGCACCGGCAAUGCAGAGGUGGAUUGCAUUAUGAAUACAGUAAAAGUCCUGACCUGUACCUGGAACCGUCCGCACCCCCCGACUGAGAACUACACCUUCAUCUACAGGGAGGACAGCACGGGAUCCCAAGCCGUUCCGUGUCCUGAAUACCUGGCUGUCAAUCAUAUGAACAUCGGGUGCAAGCUCUCCAUCUCCCAACCCUACACGAGCUUCAUUGUGGAGCUGAGCGGCAGUGCCUCCGGGUCUUCAAUACGGAAGAAGUUUCAAAAGCAUCAGGACUAUGUGAAGAUGGACCCCCCUUAUAACCUGACCACAGAAACUACAAACAAUUUGGAGCUGAUCCUCAGAUGGGAUCAGUCGUUGGGCAUAAUUCCAGAGCUCUGCGUGGUUUAUCGGGUGAGACAUCGGUCUACGGCCAGCGACAGUUGGACGGAGAGGAACGCCUCGCAGAACAUGUCCUCCCUGCCGAGCUUCGACACCUGUCAGAAUUAUACCUUCCAAGUAAAAAGUCAGAUCGGCGCCUGCGCCAAUUCUCUGAUGUGGAGCGAGUGGAGCGCCGGCGUCACCUGGGCCAGAAACGCCACCGUGUGCGAUCAGCAACCGCUGACCAAGCCGUCCUCAAAGUUCAUGCAUACAGCCAUCCCGGUCGUGUUGACUCUGCUGUUGGUGGUUAUAUUCUUGGCUGUGAUUGGACAAGAGAGGAUAUGGGUGAUCCUUGUUCCUCAGAUUCCAAACCCUGGGAAAAAAUUCGAAGAGCUCAUCAACGGUUGCAAUGUUCAGGAGUGGGUUGGAGUUUCCAAAGAAGCCGUGGAGAAGAUGAAACUCAAUUACACCGAAACAUUUUGCACUGUCACCGAGGACUCGGAAUGUCCCGGACCAGAUGGGAAGACCCUUACAUCCCCCUCACCAGAAAACUGAGAGCUCUUCGGUCAGGACAAGGAGGAGCCCAUGGUGAUCUUGAAGAAAUCGUUCAUUUGAAUGUCUAGUGAACUGUGUUGAAGAUGUCUUUAUAAACAUACUUGAUGAACCAUAGUUCCGUGGUCUAGGAUGCCUCAUCUAGGACUAUUCCUUAAAAUUCUCCGAUUGUUAAUAACGACCAGAUCACAUUUGUAUGCUUUUAUAAAAAGGUGGUGUUCACCGAGUGCCCUCUUGGUCAUGUACUCUCAAUUUUAAGCCCCUUAAUCAGUUAGGACCUAGGAUGUACCUGGAACAUUUCAGAGUCCUUCAUCAUAAGCUCCUUAACCAAGCUAAGGACCUAGGACUUUCCUGGGACAUCCUAGACCACAUGUGUCAAAUACAAGGCCCGCGGGCCGAAUCCGGCCCUCCAGGCCAUUUCAUGUGGCCCUCGCACCUCUCCUGCAGCUGGAGGAG